AUGGGGGAUUGUGCAGAUGACAUUAUCAAAAUGCUAAGCAUAAACGAAGCAACUCCUUCCCUUGACAAAGUCAAAACAGCCCUCAAUGGUUAUUUUGCAGCCAACCGCAAUGUUAUCGUUGAACAAGCAUGGUUCAAUAGACGAAGACAAAACCCCAGUGAAUCUGUGGACACCUUUAUUCAAGACUUAUACCACCUCGCCGAAAAUUGUGAGUACGGAAUUCUCAAGGACGAACUUAUAAGAGACAGAAUUAUUGUUGGAGUCCUCAAUGAUAUACUGUCCGACCGCCUACAAGCUAAAGCUGACCUCACUCUCACGGACGCUGCUUGCAUGAGCAGACAAGCUGAAGCAAGAAAACAAAAUCGAACCAUAGUCCAUGGGGUAGAGACUCAAAACGAAGUUGAUUACGUUAGUAAGACACACUCUCACAACAAGCAACAAGCAACAAACAAACAACCUGUACAUCCAGGAAAAAGAGAGCCCGCUAAGAACGACCGUCCAUGUUUUUGGUGUGGACGCCAGAACCAUGACAGGAAGUCUUGCCCAGCUAGAGACACUAUUGGUAGUAACUGCAACAAAAAGGGACAUAUCCAGUCUGUCUGUCUCGGCUAGAAACCUUAUCCAAGAAAGGUACAAGCAGUAGAAGAAGAAGAGGAGGAAGACAUACACUUCCUCGGUGAGAUUGGCAGUGACAAGAACUAUUGGUCUGCACAGAUAGGAGUGAAUGGUCGUCCAACACGCUUCAAACUCGGGGGCGACAGUGACUGUUCUUAGUGAUGAUGUCCAGAGGCUACAGAUGUUGAAGUAACCAAGACAUCCCAGGUUCUGAGCAGUCCUGGAAACACUCAACUGCCUGUGAAAGGUCUGUUCUAUGAGACACUAAAGUACAGACAAUCAAAGUUAACUGAGCUUAUAUAUGUGGUGCAUAACCAGAAGUGUUCGUUACUCAGCAGGAGAGCCUGUGUUGAACUAGGGCUCGUGAGACAUGCUAACAAAGAUGUCGAAGAGGUGAACUCGGGGCUAACACAUUUCCAAGCCAAAUUUCCAGCGCUCUUCAGCGUACUGGGAAAGCUGAAGACUGAAUGCCACAUAACACUUCGCCCUGAUGCUGUUCCUUUUUGUCUGUACAAUCCAAGAAAGAUCCCCCAUUCACUGAUUCCAAAGGUAAAAAGUCAGAUGGAAGCAAUGCUUCAGCAACUGAAUGGUGUGCAGGUAUCAUCCCUGUCCUUAAACCAAAUGGCAGUGUUCGUAACUGUGUUGACCUGACUCACCUUAACAAAGCAUUCCAGCGCGAGAUACACCAAAUGCCUUCAGUAGAUGAGAACCUUGGUAAACUGGGAGACAGUAAGAUCUUCUCCAAACUCGACGCCAAUAGUGGGUUUCGGCAGAUUCCCCUGGAUGAGGAAUCAAAAUUGCUCACCACCUUUGUCACACCAUUUGGACGUUUUUGUUUUAACAGACUACCAUUCGGUAUCAGCUCCGUGCCAGAGAUCUUCCAACACACUAUGUCCAAGAUACUUGAGGGUUCGGAAGGGACACUCUGUCAGAUGGAUGAUGUCCUCAUUCAUGGGCUUCACUGCCUGCAAGAAGCUGGGUUGACCCUUAAAGACAAAUGUGAGUUUUCACGAUCUUCAAUUCGAUUCCUUGCUCACAUCAUUGAUAGCUCUGGACUUCAUGCAGACAUGCAGACCCACAAAAGACCACUGCUGUGACCCAAUUCCCAGUCCCUUCAGAUGUCGCCGGGAUACAGCGAUUCAUGGGGAUGGUAAACCAUCUUGGGAAAUUCAUUUCCCACCUGACUGACCUCAGUGACCCCCUUUGUCAAUUACAACGCAAAGACAGUGUUUGGGUUUGGGGUGAAAACCAGCAAAAGGUCUUUGAGCAGAUCAAGCAAACAUUAGUAUCACCGACAGUCCUGGCGCAUUACAAUCCAAACCGCCCAACGAUCAUUUCAGCAGAUGCUUCCAACACAGGACUUGGUGCGGUAUUAUUUCAAGUUCAGGAUGAUGGACAGUGCCGUCCAGUGUGUUACGAGUCAAGAUCUCUCAGUGACAGAGAAAUGUUAUGCCGUAAUUGAAAAAGAAGCCCAUGUGACAACAUGGGCUUGUGAGAGGUUCUCUGCUUACUCGGCAUCCCUUUCACCUUUCACCCUAGAAACAGAUCACAAACCGCUUACUGUACCCCUGAAUUCAUCGGAGCUUAUAUCCUUCGUUUCCGCCUGAGACUUAUGAGAUAUAACUAUCAAGUUCAAUACAUACCAGGAAAACAUCAAGUCAUGGCAGAUAAACUCUCACGUGCUCCUGUCAACCUGCCAGGGCUAGAAGAUAAGCUACUUGUUGAAGAAGUAGAAGCCUUCUUA